CGCGCCUGCCGCCGGCAGCAGCGAGCAAGGCGAGCCGACCCGAGCUGAGCCGAGUCGAGCGAGGUUUUACUUGCCCAAUUUCCCACAGGAUGGAAUGAACCUCGCCUUGCCAGCAUGGAUAUGUUGACCUUUUCAAGAUGGUUAAGAACUAUUGUGAAGAGCCAAGUGGAAUGAACAAGAGGAAGCAUCCACUUCUGCUGUCAUCUGCUUUGUAUGUUAGAAAGUAUGGUUUCUUGACAGAAGAGUGCGUUAUAGUUUUUAACAACAGAUCUUUAUUAAAUGUGCCAUCAGUGGCAGCUUUGGAAAGAUGAGAAAGGACCCACUGAGGGGCAACUCAGUGAAGCUAAAAAUGUCUGCUAUUUCUGUUCAGUCUGUCUCAAUUAGGAGACCUUUUUUUUCUGAUUUAUAAGCUUGGUGCUGUCAGCCCCGUGUGAACAAACCAGAACAAAAAGCACGCUGGUUAUUAGAAAACAAAAUGCCUCGGAAAAGGAAAACUGGUGGGAGUCCUUCUCAGAAGAAUGGCAAUUCUGACAGAACUGCUGUUGCUGUAUCCCAAGGGGACCCAAGCCACUUAGUGGCACAAGCAGUGCAUUAUGUCAAUAAAGAAGAGCUCUUCAACAGCAUGUCAGAGAUGUUUUCUGACCUAGAUCCUAGUGUGGUUUAUAUGGUUCUGUCUGAAUGUGAUUUUAAAGUAGAAAAUGCUAUGGAUCAUCUUCUAGAGCUGUCCACCCAUGCCAAAGGAGUAACAUCUUCAAAAACCUGGGGUUUUGAUUUAGCAGCAUCAUCAUUACCUCUUGCUAAUCAGCAAAGAACAGUUGCAGUUGAAAGAAUGGGGGAAMGUACUGCAGCGCAUCGUAAUUCUGGAGCAGCAGUAGAAAAGGUCCUGUCACCUGGUGUGCAGCUGACUGAAGAACUGGAUUCCUUAAUAGAAAAUGCCUUUCAGAGCUGCAGCUUGAGUCGUGAAUUGCCAAAUUCUGCAGAUGACCAAAGGGUAAAUCAGCACCCCGUGGAACAUGAUGGYUUUACUGUAUUUCCUGAGUGGGAAAAAUCUGAUUCAGUUUGCAAUGUCCUACUUUUUUCACAGCAAGCAGAGACACAUAAUGAGGUUUUAGAAAACUGCUGUUCCCAGCCACCAGUGAGUCAGCUGAGCAUCCAGACAAGCUCACCGGCUGCAUCAGACACUUUUGCACAGAGACUGGAAGAUUCUGAUUUGUUGCAAAUACAUGUUCAACAUGAUGUGGCUUCAGAAGUAUAUAAACAAUCAAAUGGAGAAAUACCAUGUGAAAAUUCUGAUCAGACACAAAGUACAGUUUUGGAUCAAAGUAGUGUGACUGCUGCUUCUGGUGGGUGCUCCCAAACWCCUGCAGAACUCGGAGCUGUUCCUGGAGAUCCUAAAUCAAGGUGCCUGGAACAACGUGAAGAUGCAGUGACUUCCUUUAGCAGCUACCAGAGUGCUUCUCUUCCAGAGGCAUCUAUCUCUCUUGAACCAUCCAGUUUCAAAACACAAAAACCUGUAGAUACUCAGCAAACUCAGCAGGAUUAUAACUUAAAUUUUUCUACACCAUCAGGUCAAUCUCAACAACACUGGAAUCUCAUGGCUCCUGUGUUUUAUCCAUCCAGUGGAAGUCCCAGCUUUGUAAUUCCUGUUGCUGCCAGUCCAGGGCAGUGGAGACCACUUUCUGACUGUAGAACUUCAGAAAGGGGACUUUUUCUUUCCACCCCAGUGGUUUCAAAUACUUGGGAUGGCAACCCUUCUCUGAAGGUAUGGGGAAAUCAAGAUAGAAACUCAAAAUUGAACCUCUCGCAAGCACAGCAACCACGUAUUUGUCACAUGAUGAGAAAAAAGAUGCAUCUUAUAGGUCAAGUACUUGUUCUUCUCAGAGGUGUUCCAGGAUCAGGAAAAUCAUAUUUGGCAAGGAAUUUGCUUGAGGAUAACCCAGGUGGAAUCAUUCUUAGUACUGAUGAUUACUUUUACAAACAUGGACAAUACCAUUAURAUCCUGAUUGCUUAGGGGAAGCACAUGAGUGGAAUAGGAAACGAGCCAAAGAAGCGUUUGAAAUGAGAAUCUCUCCUAUAAUAAUAGACAACACAAACAUACAAGCAUGGGAGAUGAAGCCAUAUGUUACUUUGGCUCAGGAGUUCAAAUACAAAGUAAUGUUCCGAGAACCAGACACUUGGUGGAAGUUUAAACCAAAAGAACUUGAAAGGCGAAACAUUCAUGGUGUGUCUAAAGAAAAGAUCAAAAGAAUGUUGGAACGGUAUGAACGCUGCCUUACUGUUAGAUCAAUAUUGGAUUCUUCAGUUCCAGACAAAUCAGAAGCUGCUGGUGGGAGUGAAGAUCCUUGUCAGGAGGAAAGGCAGAGAAAGAAAGAGGCACAUUCUGAUGUAAAGGAAGAAGGAUGUUUUGCUGCUGAGGUGGAGUGUCUUGAGUUAGCUGAAGUUGAUAAAACUUCUCCUGGUACUUCUCUAACAUUAGAAAGCAGUUGUGAUCCUGAGCAUUUUCAGAAAGAGGAAAAAGAAACAGAAAAUAACUCAGUGGAACACAAUUCUGAGAAGAGCACUGUUCAAGAUGACUUGGAAGUUAGUUUAUCAGAUUGCAUCGAAAAAGAACURCCCUUGGAAAAGAAAGAAGAAAAGGGAGAAAAAAUAGAAGAAAAUACUGAAAUGGAAAUGGAUAAGGUUGAUGUGAUCCCAGCUGAAGAGACUGUGAACUUAUGCACAGGUGGAGCUAAAGAACACAGCGAUAACAACAUUCUGAAACUUCAAACUGCAGAUGAACAAUUGGGCAACGUAUGUGUGGAACCAAUAUCAACACAAGCUAGUAACACAGUGGAACCAAGCAGUUCAGCUUUUGACCCAUCAGAAAAACUGGAACUACUAAACUUUGUGGGUGAUUGGCCCAUAGAACAAACAAUGGGACAGCGAGUCAAAAGAUCUAGAAGACUAGAAAAAUCUCCUCUGAAGAAUGAUAAGGAAGGUGAAACUCCCAGUCAGCAGCAUUCUGAGAUAGGUAAAGAGCAAGUGGGCCUGCCUGACACAUGUACUCUUGAGAAAGGACAUGAGGAAGCAAAUCUACUCUCUAGCUGUUACUCUGUUAGUUCAGAUAAAAUUACACCAGAAUUGCCAAUGAUAGGACAUUGGCCUGUCUCAGCCUCAUUAGAACAGAGACAACAAAGGUCAAGGAGAAUGAGGAAGGCAAAUUUAAAUCAGUCUGAUGAAGACAGAAAUACUGAAGGUGACACUAAUAUGAAUGCUCUUGAAACUGUACAUGUSAUUGAUGGGCCACCUGUGAACGCUGAAGAGCAACAAGAUAUAAGGAGUUUGUCUAUGCACCAAGAGGAAAUAGUAGCUAGUGAAACAGUAAGUGAGGAAAAAACCCAGCAAAACAAAAGAACAAGGAAACAUCACAAAUUAGCCCUCACUUUUACAAAUAGCAGCUUGCCGCAUCCCAGAGAAGAUGACCACUUGUCUAAACUUAACAUGGCAGAACAGAAACAGGAYACAAACAUACAUAGGCAAAAAAGUAGCUGUUCACAGACUGAAUCACAGGAUUUUGCUCUCCUGUGGAGAUUAGAAAAGAAAAUGCUUUUUCCUGAGACAACAAAAGUAUUGCAUGGUAGGCUAGAUGGCUUCAAACCCAAAGAUGUAGACAAUACUUCAAAUUCUCAGGAAAAAAUACCCUAUCGAGUURCAUACGAUAAAAGUACGUUUGUGGAGGAAAGUGAGCUUAGCAACAUUGAUGAGUCUGAAGAACUAGACACACUCUGUAAGCUCUUUGAGUCUGUUUCAUUUGAAGCUCUGAAAGAUCUGUAUGAAAGAUGUAACAAAGACAUAGACUGGGCCACAGGUCUGCUGUUAGACUCUGAUGAAAAGUUACGUAAAGCUGUUGAUACUGAAUGCUUUCCAGUAAGUGAAGCUGAGCCAGUGGUCGCAGACUUUGAUUUCAAGGCAGAUACAAAUUAUGAUGAGAAUCUCAAAGACUGCAAACAAACCCCAAAAUUAAUUGAGGCCAGUGAUAUCUCUGAAGCUUCAGAAGACAAGAACUCACCACUCAGCACUGCAGAAAGUAGGGCUGCCAAAACAGCUGUGACAAUUGCUGAUGUGUCUGACUCAUUCACUGCUACCUCAUUGGAUGAGUCAGUAGAACUGAAAAAUUCUGUGGAUUCAGUCCCUAGAGCUGACAGGAGCAACUCAGAAGCAGGUGUGUUUGAGCUGUCUGUUUCAGGAAAGCAGGAGAUAGAGAGCGAGACCCCUCUUGAUGAAACUGUAAAUAAGCCAUCACUUUCACAACUUGAUGUAGGUUUGCCUCAUGAUCCUAACCCAACUUUUACCAAUUUGGAAUUUGAAUUAAAUAAUGAAAGUGACAGUAACCCUUCAGAAAGCAAUGCAGAGAAUUCCAAAGUGAGUGGUUUGUUACUGGAAGAGGAUCGUGCACCUGUGGUUGCUCCAAGGAGUGAUAAAGAGCUGGACAUGGAUACAGAAACUCAGGAGAGUUCCUGGGAGAUGUGUGGUAAAGAAGAAGCUGAAMCUCCAAGCUGUGCUGCAACUAAAGCCAAGAGACAAAGCCCUAUACCAGCAUCACAUGCAGCCUUCAGUAUAGAUUGCCUAGAACUAACACUGCCUCCUGAACUGGCACUCCAGUUGAAAGAGAUAUUUGGACCUGUAGGCAUUGAUGCAGGGUCCCUAACUGUUGAGGAUUGUGUGGUUCAUAUUGAUCUGAAUUUGGCAAAAGUGAUUCAUGAAAAAUGGAAAGAAUCUAUUCUGAAGCGUCAGAGGAGAGAUGAAUCAUGUAAGUUGUCUGCAGAAGUGAUUCAGCCGAUAGAUACAGAUGACUCAGAAAUGCUAUUGUCUCAGAAUGCAGACAAUAAAAUACAGAAGAAAAAAGCGAGCUGGGCUGCAGGCACGUCUAAUGACAUAACGACAAAAACCCAAGCAACUUCAGACGUUUUUCCAUUUAUGGAUCAUUGGAAUGCUCAGAUUCAAAAAGUUUCACUCAGGCAAAUAAUUUCUGAAGAAAUAGCUAUGCAAGAGAGACAGGACCUGAAUCGUGCUCCUUCUACAGCUAGAAAAGACUGUGCUGCUAAACUAAAGGAGAAGCAACUUUUUGAGAUGUUUCCAACUAUUAAUCAAAAUUUCUUAAUGGAUGUYUUCAAGGACAACAACUACUCUUUAGAACAAACUGAACAGUUUCUGAACUGUGUUCUGGAGGCAGAUCCUGUAAAAACAGUUAUAGCUCAAGAAAGUGUUCAGCAAAAUGAAAUUGUUUCUUCCUACAGUGCCACAAAGAGCCGUGAGAAGAAGGCAAAAAAAAGUAAGGAAGAGGAUGAUCCUUUGAAUGAAAUGUUUCAAGACUUUGAGUAUCCACAAUAUGAUGAUCUAAGAGCAGAAGCUUUUUGUCACCAACAAAAGAGACAGGAAUGUUUGAAAAAGGCUGGGGAGGCCUAUCGCAUGGGUAUGAAGCCUGUGGCAGCAUUUUAUGCACAUCAGGGUCGCCUUCAUGAGCAGAAGAUGAAAGAAGCCAACCAUGCUGCUGCUGUGCAAAUCUUUGAGAGAGUAAAUACCUCCUUGCUGCCUAUGAAUGUGUUGGAUUUGCAUGGUCUCCAUGUGGAUGAAGCUGUGAAUCAGUUGUCCAGAGUGCUGCAGGAAAAAACUGAAGAGUACCAGCAGACUGGUGGUAAACCAUAUCUCAUUGUUAUCACGGGAAGAGGAAGCCAUAGUCAGGGAGGAGUUGCUCGCAUCAGACCAGCAGCUAUCAGAUACCUCACAAGCCACAACUUCAGGUUCACAGAAAUAAAACCAGGCUGCCUGAAAGUCAUGCUGAAUUGAGGAGUUACGGAAAGAGAAAUAUAGAAACUGAGGUGUCAGAUGACCACCAGAUUACAGAAACCCCCCCAUGUUUUGAACAACUGCACUGCUAUUUUGUAAUCUGUUUUAAAGGAUGAUAUUUUAUUAGAAGUGGUCUCAAUUUGCAGCAGGUGGUUUUGUCAAUAUGUUUCCAAUAAAUUUUUAUGUGGAAUAGAUCCUUUUUUGAACCUGCAAAAGGAAGACACUUAAAAGGAUUUGAAGUCACAGAAAUGCAGAAUUUUGCUGAGAAAUACAUGAUGUUUUAAAGGGAAGUCAAGGUACAGUUUUUAUUAUUACUGUCUUCUUAGCAUACACAAUCUGUCUUUUGACCCUCACACAUUUUGAUUGCUGUGGCUUCUGUGCUUUUAGAACACAUUACCUUGUACAAAGUUAUUUUGUAAUUCAGAACUUUGUGCUAAACCCUUCAGAAGAGCAAAGGAGGGGUUGAAACUGGGUAACUACUGGUAUUUCAAAUGCARUUACAUCUGAGUGCUAAGUAUUCCAGGUUUCUUCAAAAGUCUGAUGUCUUUUUAGUGGUUAUGUUAUGAUGCGUUGACCAGUUCUGUUGUCCUUACUCCAUUCUGAACUCCAGAUAUUGAAGAAAGUUGCAUAUAAAGCCUUUGCAUUAAGGCCAGCUGUGUGUUUGGUAAUUUGGCAGAUUCAGUGUGGUCUCUUAAAGGGAAAACACAAUGUUGUAGUGUCAAUCUCUUUUGGAGAUCCACCUACUGGAUUAAAACAGUUUCUUAUUUUGUGGCUUUUUAAAUGAAGCAGAUGGAGCACUGUUUCAUUUUACUAGUGUCUAAUAGUGAUGUCUUCCUUCUCUGUGUAUUGUUCGGUGAUUUCCAUGUAGAAAAUAUGAUCAUGAGGCAUUUUAAAUGUACUUUUAACAUCAAAGUGAAUGCUGGUCUUGCAGUAGUGAUUGCCAACUGGAAAGUCUGUGAGUACAAAAGUUAUUUUGAUAUUAGUGGUGUUGCAUCAGCAUCUAGAAAUAGCUGUGUAAAAAAACAAAACAACAUUAAAAAACCCAAACAAAACCCUUCAAAAGUGAAACAUAAAUAUCUGUACUUUGGCAAGUGUUUCCAGUAAACAAUCAGAAGACUUCCAUUUAAUAGAAAUAUCUUCUAGAAUGCAUUGCUAUUUUUAUUUACAUCAUUGCCCCCUGAAUGGCAUAUGAAUUUUUGUUGCAAGGCUUUUUCAGAACUGGUGUGAGUUAUGUAUUAGGAGUAAUAUUAAUAGGUUAAGGAUUUAUGUGAUGAGUUUUUUAACUUUUAAUCACUUUGCAGUAAAUUUUGUCUAGGAAUUACACGCACAUAAGAGUUUGAGUAUGAAUCCAUAUGUGUGUGCAAGUUCUUCAAUUUGUAUGCAUGAGUACUAAUAGGCAAAGAACUUCUGUGAGAAAAGCUGUCCACAGAAAUAGGUUUCUCUUGAAAAUGUGUCAGUGUAAGUUGCUGACAGGCUGAAAGACAUGAUGUUUUCUGACUAUAUCUGUAUUUACUGUAAUACACAGUGAAUAUGAUGCAUGGUAGACUUUAAAAUGCGUUUGUCAUGCUUCAACAGAUAGACUAAUCUUUUUCCUGGUGAUUUCAAGUGGAAGURUAGCUUGAAUAAUGUUUAAUCAAAGGGACUCUUUCUAGAAUAAUAGACUGCCAUAAAAAGUUUUAUAUUUUUUGUAGGUAUUUAGUUCAUCUGAAUUGUGUCCUUUCUCUCUUUCUUUUUCUCUGUGCUGCUCUGGUAACCAGUGAGUGUAAUACAAAAGAUCUGUGUUCACCAAACAGCAGAGCUGCUUCUGCCACUGUAUGAUGUCCUGUGUGGUAAAGCCUACACUCCAUCAUCCACUGUGGCAGUAUCUAACAUGAGAUGCCAUUUAGGCASUUGACCUCAAGACAGUAAUUCAGACUAUCAGCUCUACAGGAUUGCAAAUGCUAGAAUUGUCCCAGCAGAGCCACAAUCUUUAUUUUGGACCAAGGAGCUUCCUUCUACUCUUGAACAGGUUUUCCUUAGUGCUGCUGUUUAUAACAAAAGGAGUUACAGCUGUCUGGGACAGUUAUUUGCAGUAUAGUCCCUGUUGGUUGGCCUGGGUGGCUGUUGUGUGUUGAGCUGCUUGGGUGCCUGAGCCCUACAGAGAUGUGCCUGUAAACAAGGAACCUUGUGUCAACACUUCUGGUUGUUUUGGGAAGCAGCCUGAUUCACUCAGCAUGUUCACACCAUUCCCAGCACGGACAAAGACAUCUUAGAUWUAGUUCAAGAGACGAGCAGGAAAAGUUGUCAUCUUGCCCAUCUGUUCAUCAUAAUCUAGUUGACAACUUCACCCUGGAGAUGAGAAACACAGCUUUUUGCCUUCUUCUGGCUUAGCACGUGGAUGAUGAUGAUUGCACUUGGCUCUCACUUCCCCAGAAAAUGCUCUGACCAAUGUGCUCRGGAGUAUUUUUGAAGUCGCCACUUCCUGAGCCUCUUUCAAAAUUACCACUGCAAGCUAAAAGUGCAACAUCAAGGGGACAAAAGAGAUUGAAGAAAUAAAAGUGUAUAAACAGUAUCUGGAAGUGGGUUAGGUCUUCUCAGAAAAGCAGCUGUUGCUAGUGAGCUUCAGUGUCCUUUCACAUUAUUUUUUCAUCUUUUUGUCCUGUUUGGAUAAAUACCUUAAAAAUGCUCAGGGUAAAAUCAGCUCUACRCAGUGAUAGGAGAAUUUGUUUUUUCCAGUCUGUGAAAGUCAGCAGAGAAAUACACAGCUUAAGAGCAGUUUGGAAUACUUUUCUCUCUUUCUCUCUUCAUUGACCUUUGGGGUACAGGUUGAGGCUCAUACUCUGAAUGCCCUGUCUGGUAUAGAUUGAUCGUUCACCUAGCAUGUUUGACUGCCAGGUGAAUUGGGAUGGAAGAUGAUGGUUUGUAAUUGUUAACACUGGUAGAGCCAAUCUUGCCUCUAUUGAAAAUAGUGACAGGGCUUCCACCAGCUUCAGCAGCUCAAAAUGAGACAUUGCAGUUCUAACUCAGAGAAAAUAUGAUGAUCCUCUGAAGGUUAUCAAGCAUGUGCUUAAAAGUUGUGCUGAACUGGAUACAGAAUAGAUCAGAAGAUCAGUGCACAGAAUAAAAAUAAGGAGAGUUUUAUCAGUAAGGAUCUUCAUGCCUUCGGCUACUUGCCAAUAUUCCAGAAAAACAACACUAGAGUUCUUGUAUUUCUCUGACUGGUUUUAUAAUGUAUUCUGGGAUGAAUUCUGUGAAAUAUUUCAAAAUGAUAUUUUAAAAUAGAUUACAUUUUAGAAGUUCCAGCCUUUCUGAUGUCUCUUGCAGUUACAUCAGUGAGAAUCCCUGAGAAUCGUGAGGUAUCAUGUAAAUUCUUUAUCAUCUUAUACUUCCAAUUAAAAUAGCAGUAUUACCACCAGCACUCUGAAAUAAUGUGCGACUGUUAAAAUACCUAUUCUKUGUACCACUUUCUGUUCUAUUCUUCAACAGCAUGUGAUUGUGAUGAAUGUUAGCCUAUAAUAUGCAGCUUCUGGUGUCUUCUUUUACAAAGCAUUUUAAUAGUUAUCCCAAAUUUUAAUUUAGGAAAAUUAUCCUUUUCUAAUAUACAAAAUCAAUAUUUGUGCUAACAGUGAUGCGUGAUCUCAAUGUGAAAAAAAAAAAAAGCCAGAAGUGCAAUGAAGAAAGUUGUCUGAAGUAAUGUGACUAUUGAAAAGCAUUUCAGUUGAUUGUGAAAGUAAUAGGACAAAAACGUUAUUUUAAAAAAUAUUUCAGGAUACCUUGAAAAUACUUAAUGGCUUUGGCUUUUGCUUUUAAUAUCAUGUGGUACAUUCCCCCUCAAAACCUAACCAAAGCCCGACUGUUCAUGCAAUUUCAACUAAAUAAACUCUAGAGAGGAUUAAAUGACUAUAUGUGAAUAUGCAUGUGAAAAGACCUAGUGUUGCAGCUACCAGCUGUUAGGACCAGUACAUUGGAAGAUACAAAUUUCUAUUUUUAAAUUAAAAUAAAAAUGAUUUUUUUAUUUGUAUAAAGUUGUACUUUUGCUGUUAACUAUAAUUUUGUUUUUUACUGAAAUAGUUUUGUAAUUUGCAUUUAGAAUUUUUAAUGUGAAAAGGAAUUUACAAAAUCUAGUUUAAUAAAGGAUUUUUGCCA